UCAACUAAAAACCCCAUUUGAACCCAAAGUUUCUGCAAUUCAACUAUCCGUUCAUCAAAUUCAAAACCCUAAUUCAGCUUUCUACACAAUGGAGAACUCGAACGCGAGCAGCAGCGCCGGUGAUGGAAAUGCUCCCGCCGAAUCCUUACAGUCUCUCUCCAUUUCUGAACAAAACCAGUUAAGCGUGAGAGAGAGGUUCGAGAUAAUAAGAAGCAUCGGGGAGGAGUGCAUACAAGAGGAUGAGUUGGAGAGACUAUUGGCUAACAAACCUCACCCCAUUUGCUAUGAUGGCUUUGAACCCUCUGGCAGAAUGCACAUCGCUCAGGGAGUGAUGAAGGUAAUCAAUGUCAACAAGCUUACUUCCGCUGGCUGCAAAGCGAAAAUCUGGAUUGCAGAUUGGUUUGCACAGCUAAACAAGAAAAUGGGUGGUGACCUUAAGAAAAUUCAAGUUGUAGGACAGUACUUCAUUGAGAUAUGGAAGGCUGCUGGAAUGAAUAUCGAAGGAGGUCAGGUAGAGUUUCUGUGGUCUUCCGAAGAGAUCAACAAACGUGCCCAUGAGUACUGGCCUCUUGUAAUGGACAUAGGCAUACGGAACAAUCUUCCUAGGAUACUAAGGUGUUGUCAAAUUAUGGGUCGUUCCGACCAAGAUGAACUGUCAGCAUCCCAAAUUUUCUAUCCGUGCAUGCAAUGUGCUGAUAUCUUCUUUCUUAAGGCUGACAUCUGCCAGUUGGGCAUGGACCAACGCAAAGUGAACAUGCUCGCAAGGGAGUACUGCGAUGAUAUCAAAAGAAAAAAUAAGCCCAUAAUAUUAUCGCAUCAUAUGCUUCCUGGGCUCCAAGAAGGACAGGAGAAGAUGUCGAAGAGUGAUCCAUCAUCUUCCAUCUACAUGGAGGAUGAAGAGGCUGAUGUUAAUGUGAAGAUAAAGAAAGCAUUCUGCCCUCCAAAGGUUGUGGAAAAGAAUCCAUGCUUAGAGUACAUGAAGUACAUUGUUUUCCCAUGGUUCAACGAGUUCACAGUUGAGCGUAAACCAGAGAAUGGAGGUGCCAAGACCUUUAAGACUUUCGAAGAUUUAGUUGCUGAUUAUGUCAGUGGACUCCACCCUGCGGAUCUGAAACCUGCUCUAGCAAAAGCGAUAAAUCAGAUACUACAGCCGGUGCGUGAUCAUUUCAACAAUGAUCCCAAAGCUAAGGAGCUAGUGAAAAGGGUUCGGAGUUUCAAAACAACGAAAUGAUGAGGAGUGGAAGCAAACAUGCUCAAUGACACGUGCAUGUUAUAUGCUCUUAGAAGAGAGGAGGUGCUACGUUUCAUAUUUGUGUCUUAAAUUUCAAACUGCUAGUUUUGUUUCUUGUCUCAGUUUCUGUAACUAUUUAAUUGCAAAUGAGUUGAUCUUAUAACAAUUUUGCAUUCGGAAUUAAUGACGAUUAAGACUUCUUAUAUUCGAAUUACGAUAUGGGAAGAAAUGUUACGACAAAGGUAAACAAGAUUAAAUAAAUUCAAAAUGCAAACCUGUUUGGUUAUUUUUAUGGAGAA